GGUUAUGAUCACGUGAUCUAGUAGGGAUGUACGUGUGUGUGUACCAGAAGUAACAAUGGAGAGUUUUGGAUGGACAGCUUUUUUUCAAGAACUGGAAAAUGUUUUUGAUUCAUGCCAGUCUCAAAUUGGAACGGCCAAUGAACGGUUUGUAGAUUAUGUAGCGCAGAAGCUGGAACUUGGUCUCUAAAACGUCAAGAAAAUUCAAGAAGUCCUCGAAACCGCACUAAUUGAACCAGAAACAGAACUUGAGGUAGAAGAAGUAGUGAGGAGAUACUUAGAGCUAAUAAAUACACUGCAAUAUUGCAUUUUAUGGCUACUGUCAUAUUGGGAUGAAUAUUUAGAGAAGAGCAACAUAUCUACACAAUACCAAGCAGGGCCCUUGUACAGUGGUUUACAAGGUCGACUAUCGUUUAAUAUUCACAGGAGUCAACUGGAGUAUCUUCGGCAAUUAAAUUUUUCAUGGACAGAGAUUGCAGACUUAGUUGGUAUUUCACGUAUGACAAUAUACAGGCGUAGAAGUGAGUUUGGAAUGUUAGACGACGAUGGUUUGGAUGUGCAUCAGAUAAGUAAUCAGGAAUUAAAUGAAGUUUUGCAGCAGUUACGUCAUGAUAAUCCAUAUUCUGGUGAAACAUUGAUAAUGGGCCAUCUCAGAGCUGUAGGUAUUUAUGUAUCAAGAGAAAGAGUUCGUUCAAUUUUAAGAAGAACAGAUCCUUUAAAUGUAACUCUACGCUGGGGAUUCAGCAUCACUGCACGUCGUCCAUAUUCUGUACCAGGACCAAAUUCAUUAUGGCAUAUUGAUGGCCACCACAAAUUGAUAAGGUGGCGUUUUGUCACUCACUGUGGAAUCGAUGGUUACAGUCGCCUUGUUGUGUUUCUUAAAUGUUCUACAAACAAUCGUGCUUCUACUGUUUUACACAGUUUCCUUGAUGCUGUUAGCAGGUUUGGUGUACCAUCACGUGUCAGAACAGAUCAAGGUCGAGAAAACAUGCUUGUAGCUCAGUUUAUGCUCCAAAAUAGAGGUCACGGAAGAGGAAGUAUAAUCACUGGAAGUUCUGUACAUAACCAGCGUAUAGAACGUCUUUGGCGAGAUCUACAUCGUUGUGUCACGCAGCUAUAUUAUCGAUUAUUCUACUAUUUGGAGCAAAGGAGAUUACUGGAUCCUGCCAAUGAAGUUCAUCUUUUUGCUUUGCAUUUUGUGUAUCUUCCAAGAAUUAACAAAUCACUUGAAGCUUUUAAGGAUGGAUGGAAUAUGCAUGGCAUUAGAACUGAGAAUAAUAAAUCUCCUUUGCAGCUUUUUCAUGCUGGAGCUUUGCGGUUGCAGCAUUCUGGUUUGGAAGCAAUGGAUUUAUUUCAGACAGUUGGUGAGGAAUAUGGUGUUGAUACUAAUGUAUUACCACAAGAUGAUGAAUCAGAGGACAGUCGUGUUGAAAAUGAAAUACCUGAAACAAGGCUAAAUAUAUCAGAAGAAGUUUACCAGGAACUUUGUCAAAAUAUUGAUAUGAUAGCUGAUGACAAUGAUUAUGGUAUUGAUAAAUACUGUGCAGUUGUUCGUUUUUUGACAAGUCAUUGAUUUGAAAUAAUAAUUUUUAUUGUAAUGUACCAAAAUCAAGAGAAAUUUAGUGAUUA